CUAAGCAAAGGGGAAGGACUUGAAGCCUAUGGGAUGGCUUUAGGGCUCUGCCCCCUUCUUUUGGCUUCUCUCCCUCUCCCUCUCUUUCGCAUUCUCUCUCUCCGCGUUUGAUCUCUGCUUAACAACAGUCACGUCACGGGGACUCAACACAGGAGUUUUGUUGAAAGUUAGAAAGUUUUGCAGCCUCCAGAGGGCUGUAGCGGCAGGAGCAGCGGCAGGAGCAGUAGCGGCUGGAGCAGCGGCAGGAGCGGCGAGCCCAGCAUCCGAGGGACUCCGAGAAGGGGGGAAGAGAAGCCCGGGGACUCACUCGGUCCUUUGAGCGGAACUGCCUGCAGGAGAAGGAGCGAAGGAGGAGGUGGUGGAGGCGGCAGACAUGGAACAUCAGCUGCUCUGCUGCGAAGUGGAGACCAUCCGGAGAGCCUAUCAAGACGCCAACCUCCUCAAUGACAGGGUCCUGCAAACUAUGCUGAAGGCGGAGGAGACCUGCUCGCCCUCGGUGUCCUACUUCAAGUGCGUGCAGAAGGAGAUCUUACCAUAUAUGAGGAAAAUAGUGGCAACUUGGAUGUUGGAGGUUUGUGAGGAGCAGAAAUGUGAGGAAGAAGUUUUCCCUUUGGCUAUGAAUUAUUUGGACAGAUAUCUUUCUUUUGAACCCCUCAAGAAAAGCCGCUUGCAACUGCUGGGAGCUACCUGUAUGUUCGUGGCUUCAAAAAUGAAGGAAACAAUUCCCCUAACUGCAGAAAAACUGUGUAUUUACACUGAUAACUCCAUUAGACCCAAUGAAUUACUGCAAAUGGAACUGCUUCUGGUGAAUAAACUGAAAUGGAACCUGGCGGCCAUGACCCCUCAUGAUUUUAUUGAACAUUUUCUAAAUAAAAUGCCAGUGGCUGAGGACAGCAAGCAGAUCAUCCGUAAACACGCCCAGACUUUUGUGGCUCUAUGUGCUACAGAUGUUAAAUUUAUUUCAAACCCACCUUCCAUGAUUGCCGCUGGUAGUGUGGUCGCCGCCGUGCAAGGCCUUCACCUUGGAAACACUAAUACUUUUCUCUCUUAUCAAUGCCUCACACAUUUCCUAUCAAAAGUUAUCAAAUGUGACCCGGAUUGUUUACGAGCCUGCCAAGAACAGAUUGAAUCCCUCCUUGAAUCUAGUCUACGCCAGGCACAACAACACAACAUAUCUUCAGAAACAAAGACUGUUGAAGAUGAAGCUGAUCUUUCCUGCACACCCACCGAUGUUAGAGAUGUGAAUAUUUAAGGAGAACUUCAGCGACUGGUUUUGCUUGGCGCAAGUUCCAGCAAACGACGAAAGGGCAUCUGAGAAGGAAUUGGAAUCAGGAUCUUCUCCCCACAAGAAACCUUUUCUCCAGGACUUUUUAUACCAGAAGGGAAAAUGUCAUUCAUUCUUUUCUUCGCUAUUCCUUCCUUCCCUUUGUGACUUUUUAACAGACAACCCACCCCCGGUCCCCCACCCCCAACUGUCUUAAAAAGAAAAAAUAGUAUUUGCAUGAUCUCCAGGGGUUCGCGCUACGAAAAUAGAAGAUUUUAUACAAUAAUAAUCAACUAGAUUUUUUAUAUAUUAAAGUGUUUUUGUCUGUAUGUUGUAAGAAUAGGCAUUAACACACACACACACACACACACACACACACACACACACACACACUGUCUCCAGGGGAGGUAUUAGAUUUGAUUCUUGCAUAUUAAAAGCCAACCAUUUUUAAAGUAGAAGAGGGUGUUUGUUUGUUUUUAGAUAGAUUUAUAUGUGUUUUGGGUGUGUGUUGUUGUUGCUUUCCUUUAAAAAGCAUAGCUUUAAUGCAGUUCUAGGCUUUUCUGUAUCUUGCUUGCUUAUGCAUUUAGUCACUUUAUAAGUCAUCUGUAAAUGUUUAUUUUAUCCCCUUAGGUUUUUAUCCUCUUCACCUUAUAAAUGGUUAAUGUAACCUUUACGUUAGUAUAUGUUAGCAUACAGCAUUAUUAUAUGUAAUCUUCUGUGCCUGUGGAUUUCCUGUACAUAAGGGCUUCUAGGUUCCAGUGUAGCACGGCCAGGGAAAGGCCCAACAUACAGUUCCACCGAUAAAGAGAAAUUGCAAUAGUGACAUAAUAUAUUUUUGUAACCUUCCUAUUUUUGUAGUUACCUGUGUAUACAAAAAAGCUAGUUUUUACCUAAAAGAUACACAGCCUAAUUAUGUCCAGGUUGAAUCCACAGCUUAUCUUUUUUUAAUUGUUUUAAAACCAUUCCAUUUCAAAGCACUUUCAGUUCAUUAGGUAUAGGAAAUACUUCCUUUUUUGUGUGUGGGAAUUUUUUUUCUUCAAAUGGAAUGGUUGGAAAUUAUAUAUAUAAAUAUAUAAAUCUAUAUAGAAAGUGCUUGUGUGCAAACUUGGAAUUGCAAGGCAAGUGCAUUUAACUAUGGUGUUGAGGAAAGGUGUGGGGUUUUUUUUUCUGAAGGUUGUGUUCCAGUCAGAGAAAAUGCAUUCACAAAUUUGCCAGGAUAUCUUCCGAACCUUUUCAAUUGAAAAGAUGUUUAGAAAUCUUUUGGUGCCAAUUCAUUUUUAAUAUAAAUUUAGGGGCCUGAAAGGUUUACCUAUAGGACACACAUUUUGAGAAUUGUCUCUAGAUAUUGUACAACUGAAGGCUUUUAAACACUAAAAUAUAUAAUUUAUAGUUAAGGCUAAAAAGAAUAUUUAUUGCAGAGGAUGUUCAGAAGGCCAGUAUAAUUUGUAAAAUAAAUCACCCCCUUCGAUUCUGAGAAAACAAGAAAGAUCUUUCUGCCCGUGAUGUUGCAGUCUUACUAAGAAAUGAGGACAUUUCAAUACAGUACGAUAUUUGGCCCAGAUAUUUUCAAAAUACCAUUAACCAUAAGGAAGCACCAUAGUUAAAAAGUGUAGAAUUGGUGUACUUGAAAAGAAAAAAAGUUCUUAAUCCAGUGUAUUUCCCCCCACCUUUAAAAAAAAUUUAGCUACAAAUAGAAAAUUUGCACAUCUUGGCUAUGUAUCUUUUUAUUAUUAUUGUAGAAAGUAGCUGAAGGGACGUGGACAUAGCUGUUGAAGUUGAUGCUUGAGGAGAAUGUGAUGGCAAAAUGUAUGUGAGAAACUGCCGCUAAGGUGUUGAUUGUAAAACAAACAAAAACAAAAAAACAAAAAAAAGUUUUAAAAAGGAAAAAAAAAGGAGCGGAUGCUCCCAUUUUUUUAUUGAGCUGCUAUGGAUAAGUUCCCAGCAUGAAAUGAAAAAAAAUUAACAUUGCUUUUCUGUAUCUUUGUCAUUGUGUUUUGCUGCUAUUUUGUGGUCAUUUUUUGUUUAUACAAUGUCAUAUACUGCCAUGUUAUAGGUUUUAAAUUUUCUCAUAGAAAAUUAUAUUAUUGACAACAGUUUUUUUUUGGUAGAUUUUUUUAUGUGAUCAAUUUUACUUAAUGUGAUUACUGCUCUAUUCCAAAAAGGUUCCUGUUUCACAAUACCUCAUACUUCAGUUAACCGUGUCUAGAUCAGGUUUUAAUGUUCGUUCACAAUGCCUCAUAGUUCUACUGCAAGCUGAAAUGCAUUGAACAUUAUUCUGAAUGGGUCUCGCGAUGUGCAAAUAGUUUGUGCUCCUUUUAAAACAGCAGUCAUUGCAGAAGAUGGAGUGAUGUCAGGUUCUUUUGUUAUGUGUUUUUAUAAAGUGGAUUUCUUUUUCUGAUCUGGGGUUUAUUAUCAUAGUAGUUUUAAGCUGUGUUAUUAGCCACAUUUGAUAUAUGAAAGGUGCGUUAUAAUAUAACUCUUAUAUGCCCUUUGAUGUUUUCCAUCAAUGGGGAAUCAUCAUGCGGUAUGAUAGGUUAUCUUCUGGAAUUUUAAGUAUUUGUGUGUUUAAUCUGUUAUGAUAUAUUAGGGUUUUUGUUGAUGAUGUUAAUUAUAGCAUAAUGCUAAUUUAAAAAACAAAAAACACAACCUGUAAAUCUCAUACAUCAGCCAGCUAACAGAGUUGUAUGGUGAAGAAUAAUCUAGUUGCCUGUAUGCUGCUAAACCAAAACAGAAUUAGAAAACUUCAUUUUGAGGGCAAAUGCAGUUAAGAUCCUACCUAAGCUUAUUCAAAUGGAAAAGACAACCACCUCGUAAUGCUACUAGCAGUCGCAUGACCCAGGAGGACCGGAUACAUUCUGUCCAGAUUUCAGGAACAUUUCUUACUGCUUACCUCAUAGACACUUCUGUUUGUGGCAUCUCUGUGUCUCUGAACCAAACAAGAUUAUUGAGUUAGUGGUUGUUGGUUAUAUUAUGUACUUCACUGAGCAGCGGCAGUGUGAAUUUUAAAAGGCCAAAUGCUGAUAAGCGGGUUCACGUGCCAACAGAGAUGCUUUAUUGUCACAUUGUUAUAACGAUCUGUAGAAAGCAAAGCAAUUCAGAUUUGUACACACACGUAUGUAUGUAUGUAUGUAAUAUACAUAUAUAUAUAGUACUUAUUGACAUCACUGGUCUGAAAUGCACAUUGUCACCAACAGACCUGUAACGGAUAAAUUUCCAUCAAAUGAAAAUGAAAAAAAAUGACCUCCCCUAAAAGUCUAGAAAUAAAUUUGUCAAACCCAA